UUUAUCUAACCUCUUGUCUCUCAAUGUAAAUGUAUAUUGAAUUGACCCAGUUGGCUAAAAAUAAUUUAGAAAAUGCACUUUUGACACAGGCAGUGUAUAUCCUAGGCCCAGGGCUGUCUCUGGGCCUACACUUUGCACCUUUUUAAAUACGGAACUCUCAAUAAAUCCUGAUCAGAUUAAUCAAUAUAAUCGUACAAAUCAUGUUAGGGAGCAAUUUCCCAAAUGGGUUUUUAAGUUGGUGUUGAGCAGCAUGUUCUCAAUGACAGAUAAUCCUAAAUGUGAUAAGAGAUCCUGAAUACAGAAGCUAUUUAACUAGGAUCAGACAUAAUAAAAUCAAGCUAUGGCGUUUGGGCUCUGAUUGAGAUGGGAUACAGACAGCAAAGGACCUUUUUUUCUGUAGUUUCUUGGUCAUAUCGUGGAGAGCGUGCGUUUUAAAUUAAGUACCAUGGACAGCACCACUGCCGUCGGCACACCUUGGCGCUUCGGCCCGACUUUGAACUCUACUUCUCCGGGAUUCAAAUCUAGUACUGUGGCGCCAACGAUUUUUCCACGGGCAGGCUACAGCAUCCUCUCCUAUCUCAUGUUCAUUAAUGCCAUUUUCUCUGUUUUUAACAAUACUCUGGUAAUAACGGUGUUGGUGAAGAAUCGUCCUCUCCUAAACCCAAUGAAUGUGAUUAUCCUCAGUUUAGCCGUGUCUGAUUUGAUGAUAGCCUUGUGCGGUUCGUCGAUAGUCACCAUUACCAACUAUCAUGGUUCAUUCUUUCUUGGCGACGAGUUCUGCAUCUUUCAAGGAUUUGCUGUCAACUAUUUCGGUCUGGUGUCUAUGUGCACGUUAACACUGCUGGCGUAUGAGCGCUACAUCGUGGUGUGUAAGCCCAUGGCAGGCUUCAAGAUGAACGUACGUCGGAGCUUUCAGGGGCUCCUGGGGGUCUGGCUGUUCUGUUUGUUCUGGGCCGUGCCCCCACUGCUGGGUUGGAGCUCCUAUGGACCCGAGGGCGUCCAGACCUCCUGCUCUCUGGGCUGGGAGGAGAGGUCCUGGAGUAACUAUAGUUACCUGAUCCUGUACACGCUGUUCUGCUUCCUCCUGCCUGUCGCAAUCAUCAUCUACUGUUACGCCAAUGUCCUGACCUCCAUGAGACGGCUUAACCGUAGUACGGAGUUGCAGGGCGGUCAUCCCUGUCUGCAGGACAACGAGCGGGCGGUAAGGAUAGUGCUGGCCAUGAUCGGGGCCUUCUUUGUCUGCUGGCUGCCCUACACAGCCCUGUCCGUGGUGGUUGUGGUGGACCCAGAGCUCCACAUCCCUCCCCUGGUGGCUACCAUGCCUAUGUACUUCGCCAAGACCAGUCCUGUCUACAACCCCAUAAUCUACUUCCUAAGCAACAGGCAGUUCCGUGAUGCCACUCUGGAAGUCCUCUCCUGUGGGCGCUACAUUUCCCACGACCCGGCCACCGACACCGUCCCCAUGCGCUCCAUGACCCUGAGGACCACGGUGGGCAGAAAAAAACAAGGGAUCAGUGCACACAGCAGGGUGCUUCCUCUGUGA